AUGGAACAAGUUGAGCGAAAUAAACAGCAGUCACUGUCUAUUCCGGUUGGCUUUGAAUUAAAAGUGACUACACCAGGUAUUGCUGGAUCUAACACUAGUCAAAAUGAGUGUAUUGGCCAUUCAACCCAGCCUCUUGAAGCAUGUCACAUCAAAGACUUUCAAUUUAAUGUACCAACUCAACUCAGCGAUCCCGUGUCAGUAUUUUCAUUGAUCGAGUAUCAUUUUACAAAAAGUAUCAACGCUGUUGCACUGGCGAAUGAUCAGAAUACAGUUCAAAUUACAUAUGGACAACUAUCGCAGUAUUCUUUCAAUCUGGCCUUGAAGCUCUUCACCUAUCAAUCUCAUACAGACAAUGAAAUUCUACCAAUCUUGGUUAAUAUGGAUGGUUCUAUUCAUAUGGUUGUUGUAAUCAUGGCAGCACUCUGGGCUAAUAUCUCAAUUCUGCCAGUUUCCUCGGCCGCAUACAGUUCAAGUCUGAUCCAUCAAGACAAGGAUACAAUACCACCAAUCAAAUCUUCAAUGAUAUCCAUCGUCACUUUACAUGAAAAAUCCGUCAUACAUGUUGCUCCCACAUCAGAUUAUACCAAUCAUGGCAAUGAUGAUGCUCAUCCCGACAAAUCUUGUCCUUAUAAACCAUUUUUACCAAAAAAAAUUGAUUGUGCACUUAUUUUUGAUCUUGCCGAGCCGCCAUAUACCAUGACUCACUAUGAGCUUGCAGAAGCAGUUGUUGCAGGACAGGCAUUACAGGAAUAUUCAAAACCAAUGCAUUCAGAAUUGUACUUGAAACCAGACAAAGCCAUAGUGCAUCUACUCUCAACACUAUCAUUGGGUCAGACAUUGACAGUUUUGGAUCCAUUUAGUCAUGCCAAACCCCUGGAAGAUACUGUGGAUCAGACACAUUAUAUCAACCAUCCACAUAGGCUGGGCUUGUUAAAAUCAAAGCAGCAUAUCCCAAAUUCCACGUUUUAUGCACAAUCGUCGUGCAAUUUACUUUCUGAAAUGGAUCUUGUAUCACUAGAAAACGUCAAUCUUGAAAAUCAUCAAUUGGUGCCAAAUCUAAAUUCUGAGAGUAUGGUCGAGUUGCCAAUCGAUACUUCACCAAAACUACCAGCCGAGGUUAAAAAAAUGUAUUCAGAUAUACUAGGCGUCGAUAUGAAUUCCCUCAAGCGCGAUGAUUCAUUUGUUUCUAUAGGUGGUGACUCCAUAUCAGCAAUUAAAAUAGCAGCAAUGGCUCGAAAAGCUGGAAAAAAACUCACGUCAUCGCAAGUGAUAAGUUGCAAGUCACUCAGUCGACUGGAAGAUAUGGUUAGUGGGCUAGGCAUAGGUGAACUGUGUGCUCAAAUUGAUCCACCUGCAUCGAUAUCGCUCGAGGCAAUUGAUGAGAUUCGGAAAAUACAUCUGCCGCGACUUGGGCUUGGCGACCGACAUGUCGAUAUAUUUCCUUGCUCAGAUUUGCAAGCUGCCAUGGUCACGAGUACCCUACGGGAUCGACGAGAAUAUCUAUACCAGUUCGUAUUCAAAUCUAAACAAUCAUUAAAUAUAGAUUCUCUUAGAUUUGCUUUGCUUCAAGCCGUUAAAGUCCGUGACAUACUACGAACUACAUUUGUGGCAACUGCUGCUGCAGGUGUGUGUCAGAUAGUCCAACCAGAAGUACACUCUGCAAAUGUGAGCAUUACAUCAGAUGAUAUCCAAACGUUUCUAUCAAAAGAUAGGUGCCGUGGGUUCACUCUUGAAGAUUUGAAUUGGUAUCGAUUGACAGUGACUACUGAUCCCAACACCGAAAAAGCGCAUGUUGUAUUUACAAUUCAUCACGCAUUAUUCGAUGGGUGGUCAAUGCCAUUGAUCAUGUCGGAUCUAUAUGCUGGUUAUUAUGGAUCACAAGUUAUACAACGACCAUUGUAUCGUAGCUUUAUUGACUAUGUUUACGCUCAAGACAUGACCAAGGCUAAGAAAUUUUGGAGCACCUAUUUGCAAAAUGUUAUGCCAUGCCAGCCAUUGGAGUUUUGGAAUAAAGCAAUCGAAUCAACUCGGAAUGUUGUCAUUCACUCCGACUGCCCAUUCACUGUUGAGCAUCUUCAACAUUUGGCUCAGCAAGCAGAAAUCACGGUAGCGGUGCUGUUGAAAACAGCAUGGGCAGCCACGCUUCGCAAGUAUGUUCGAUCAAAUGACGUUUUGUUUGUUCAAGUUAUUUCUGGUCGAGAUAUUCCAGUUGCAGAUGUUGAAUCUAUGGUUGGAUUACUUAUCAAUACAGUGCCGUGCAGAGUCAAAUUUGACGAUUCUUGCCAUAUUACUAAAAUCUUGAGUUCGCUUCAGCAGGAUCACACGGAACUGCUUUCAUUUUCGCAGACAUCAUUGUCGGAUAUCAAAAAAUGGAGUAAAAUGACUGAACAGGAAUGUUUAUUCAACACACUUUUUGUGUAUGAAAAUAUGCCAAUUGGCACAGAAUAUUAUCCAGAUUUUGAGCUUGAUGAUUCGCUAUCCUCUCAUGAUACCAAUACAGAGUUUGAUAUGGAACUUAUUAUAUUUCCCAAACACGACACUAUCAAUUUGACCAUGAAACACAGCAAGCGAGUAUGCACGGAGCAGUCUCGAUUGAUACUUGAAGAAUUCAUUUUCACUUUGAGUAGCAUAAUCAAAUGUAUAGCUGAUCCAACUUCCACGAUUGAUUGUUUAUGGAAUCUGUCUGACAUGCAGGUGAAUCAAAUAUCAAAAUACUCAUUUGGUCAAACUAUUCCGCUACCGUAUGAGCUCGUCCACCAUGGUUUCGAGUAUCAAGCCACGCUUCAUUCUGAUUGGCCUGCUAUCGAGGCGGGUGAUCAGACUCUUACUUAUGGUCAGCUUGAUUACUGUGGAAAUGUGUUGGCAUCCCAACUGAUCUCACAGGGAAUCAACCUUGGAUCUCGUGUUGCUGUUGUCAUGCAGCGAUGUCUGGAAUUCUCUGUUUCAUUGCUGGCUAUUCUCAAGACUGGUGCUGUUAUUGUGCCUAUCGAUUCAAAGUUUCCUGCAGAGCGUAUACAGUUUAUAAUGCAUGAUUCGAAUGUUUCAGCUGUACUUACUACUGCAUUCCAAAUCGAUACUACUUUUGUAUGCGGUUUAGAUAUGCUUCGGAUCAUUAAUGUUGAUUUAUGCACUUUACUAUCUGAAGUUCCUAUGCCGACAUUACCACUUUUGCCUGCAGUUUCAGCCGCGUCUCCGUUUAUUAUAGUGUACACUUCAGGAUCGACGGGUAAACCCAAAGGUGUUCCUGUUCCUCACCAUGGUGCCAUCAAUAUUAUUGCGAAUCAAUCCAAACAGGUUGGUAUACAUCCUGGUGCUCGUGUUUUCCAGUUUAUGGCAAUUGGCUUUGACGUUUGCCAGUGGGAGAUUUGGGGUGCACUUAGUUUUGGUGCAACACUUGUUUUGAGACGGGAUGAGUGUAUUGAUGAUGGUAUCCAAUCAGUCUCGACUGUGUUCAUUACUCCAACUGGUCUUUCUCAGCUGGGAAAUCCUCAUGAUUAUCCAAACUUAAAACAUGUAGUUUUGGCAGGAGAAAUUGUUCCAGCUGGUUUAAAACAAAAGUGGUCGUCCCAUGUUCAGCUGAGCAAUGCAUACGGUCCAACCGAAGCCUCAAUCAUUAGUCAUUUAGGACGUUUAUAUCUAGACCGUCCUGUUACUGUUGGCUCUGUACUACAGAACACGAGUAGUUAUAUUCUUGACAGUAAUGGUCGUCAAGUGCCUAUUGGAACAGUGGGAGAAAUGUAUAUUGGUGGAAUAGGUAUUUCAGAGGGUUACAUUAAUCUACCAAAACAAGUUUCUGACUGUUUCUUUCCAGAUCCAUUUUCCAAUAUUAAUGGUGGUCGCAUGUUCAAAACAGGCGAUUUUGCAAGACUUGCUCCAAAUGGUAGUUUUGAGAUUAUUGGUCGAUUGGACGAUCAAAUCAAGUUCAAAGGCUAUCGAAUUGAAUUGAACGAAAUAGCAGCUGCAAUGAUGAGAUAUCCACACGUGUCAUCUGCUAUUGCUAUUUUAAACAGUACUCAUGUGGUUGGCUUUGUAACUCCAUCAAAUAUCGAUGUUGAUAAGCUCCGUGAUAUGGUUUCGACUAUUUUACCAGUUUAUAUGAUUCCGGCCGUGUUUGUUGCGCUCGAGUCAAUGCCAAGCAAUGCAAAUGGCAAAACGGACAAAAAAGCGCUUGCAGCGAUAAAUAUCAAUGUUGUUGAUGAGAUGCUUAACGAUACCGAAAUGCAUUUGGCUCGGAUUUGGUCCCAAGUUCUUGAUGUGAAUCUGUCACUGAUCCAACGCAACACAUCAUUUUUUGAAAUUGGGGGUGAUUCACUUUCAGUCACCAAGGUUGUUGCAGCCUGCAUCCAAUCCAAUCUUGAAAUACGUGUAAUGGAUGUUUUCAAACUGAGAACUUUGUCUCGAUUGGCAUCAAUGAUCGCGAUGCAUGCAUGCCAAUCCGUCGCACACUCUGCUCCAAUUCGUCAAACAUGGAAUUUUCCUCGUAAAAUUAGAAUUGCAUGUAUUCAUGGAAUUGCAUCUUGUGCUACACACAUGGAGUUUCAGUUGUCAACUGUCCAAAACUAUUUUGGAGAUCAUGUCGAGUUUAUCUACAUCAAUGGGCCAUGCAAAGUAGAUUCAUCUCCAUUAUCUGAAUAUUAUAGUGACGAGUCAUGGUACUCGUGGCUUCCCGAAUAUGAUCACAGUAUUGGCAGUGUAGAGACGGCUGCUGGUUAUAUUAUCAAUGAAUUAGAUAAUAUUGGUCCGGUUGAUGGGCUGCUUGGAUUUUCUCAGGGUGCUAUCAUGGUUUGUGCAAUGGACCAGUUGUCCUUGUCAGGCCAAAUUGCACGAUUAUGGAGGUUUAGCAUUUUAUGUUCGGGAAUACUUCCAUCAGAUUACCAAGCAACUGGUAAACACUUGUCUGUGCCCAACAUGCACAUCUACAGCUAUCAAGAAACAUCCAACGAACUACAACGUGUCGAUCAGCUUUACACUACCAGCAACCAAGUUUAUUUGAAACAUGAUGCUGGACAUGAUAUCCCGCGAGAUUCCAAGUCAGCUUUGGAUAUAGCAAAAGGAAUUGCACAACUAGCUGAAUUGACAAUCGAUGCAACUCAACUGUAG